AUGGAAGUAAAUAUUACCUUUUGUGUCGAUAGAAUAAUUAUAUGCGUCCGGUGUUUAUUUCUUUCUGCCCGACUCUUUCAUUUUAUUUACAAACUACACUUUAAUGGGGAAAUACUUAUUUUCUAUUCUAAUCUUCUUUGCCGACUUUCAUAUUCUUUUUCUGUUAUUGUUUUCUAUUUUAUUCGUUUUGAUCUCUCUUGUUCCUUUUGUAUAAUUCGCAUUGUCUUUUAUUUGCUUCUCCUUUUUCUGUUUUUGUUUCUCUCUUUUUCUAUUUUCCUUCUUCUUUAUUUCUUUACUAACUUUUUUUUCCCUUUCAUCUUCGGUUUUUAUUUAUUUAUUUAUUUAUUUAUUUUUUUGAUUUUCUUUUUUUCUUACCUUCUUAACUUUCUUUCUUUCUUUUGUCGUCGUUUCGGACAAUUUAACAGGAAGAAUCUUCGUUUUCUUUCUUUCUUUUUUUCCAUUUUUUUUCUUCUUAUUCUUUUUUCUUUUCUUUUUUCGCUCCUUUCUUUUCUUUCUUUUUUUCAUUCUCCUCUUUCUUUCUUCCCAUCUUUUCAUCGUAAUAACAUUACAUCUUUUCAUCCACCCUAUUUACUUUCUCUCUUUCCUUCACUCUCUCUUUUUCUCUCUUUCCUUCACGCUCUCCUUUUCUCUCUAUCCCUCACGCUCUCCUUUUCUCUCCUUCCCUCACGCUCUCCUUUUCUCUCCUUCCCUAAUGCUCUCCUUUUCUCAUUUUCUCUCAUUCUCUCGUUUUCUCACUUUCCCUCACGCUCUCCUUUUUUCUCUUUCCCGCACUCUCUUCUCUUUUCUCUUUCCCUCACGCUCUCCUUUUCUCUCUUUCACUCACGCUCUCCUUUUUUCUUUUUCCCUCAUGCUCUCCUUUUCCAUCUUUCCCUCAUACUCCCUUUUUUCUCACUUCCCUCAUUCUCUCCUGUUUUUCACUUUCCCUCAGGCUCUCCUUUUUUCACUUUCCCUUACCCUCCCCUUUUUUUCUCUUUCCCUCACUUUAUCCUUUUCUAUCUUUCCCUCACGCUUUUCUUUUCUCUCUUUCCCUCCCUCUCUCCUUUUCUAUCUUUCCCUCACUUUCUCCCUUUUUUCUCUCUCCCUCACGCUCUGCUUUUCUAUCUUUCCAUCACGCUCUCCAAUUCUCUUUUUUCCUCCCUCUCUCCGUUUUUCUCUUUUUCACUCACGCUCUCCUUUCCUCUCUUUCUUACUCUCUUUCUCUCUCUUUAUCUCCUUUUGAUAUUUUCUUUUUUCCUCUUCUUUCUCGUUCCAUGUCAAUGUGAAUCACGUUACCAAGACAUAGAACGCCCCGCCGAUACAGGUAAGACGUUGUGUCCGGCGUCUGCAUUUGCCUCUUCUCAUUUUUCCUCCCCCAAUAUGUUCUUUAUUUGUAUCGGAUCGCACGCCUAA